CUCGCCUUUUCCGACAAUCCAAUGCUGUCCAACAUCACUCGCACCCGUCUUGCUUCGGCUACGACGGCGGCCGUGCGCAUGCAUGCCCAGCCCGUGCGCCACCUCAACCUGCACGAGUACCAAAGCAAGGAGCUGCUCGCUGCGGCCGGCGUCACCACCCAGCGCUUCAAGGUCGCCAAGACCCCCGCCGAAGCCAAGGACAUUGCUCAGUGGCUCAAAUCCAACUCCGUCCACGAGUUUGUCAUCAAGGCUCAGAUCCACGCCGGCGGCCGUGGCAAGGGCACUUUCAGCUCUGGAUUCAAGGGUGGUGUGCAACUGACCAAGGACCCCAACGUUGUCGGCGAUCUCGCCAGCAAGAUGAUUGGCUACAACCUGGUCACCAAGCAGACCCCGCCCGCUGGUGUCCCCGUCAACAAGCUGAUGGUGGCCGAGGCGCUUGAUAUUGCCUCUGAAAAGUACUUUGCGAUCGUGCUCGACCGCGAGAGCCAGGGCCCCGUCCUUGUCGCCUCGCCCCAGGGCGGCGUCGACAUUGAGGAGGUUGCCGCCAAGACCCCCGAGCUCAUCUUCAAGGAGCCCGUCAAGAUUGCGGUCGGCGUCACCUCCGAGCAGGCCCUCCGUCUUGCCAAGAACCUCGGCUUCACUGGUGCCAAGGCUACCAGCGCCGCAGACCAAAUCCGCCGUCUGUACGACCUGUUCAUCAAGAACGACGCCAGCCAGGUCGAAAUCAACCCCAUGGGCGAGACCCCCGACGGCCGUGUCGUCUGCUUUGACGCCAAGGUCAACAUUGACGACAAUGCCGAGUUCCGACAGAAGACUCUCUUUGAGCAACGCGACACCACCGAGGACGACCCUCGCGAGGUUGAGGCCACCAAGGCUGGCUUGAACUAUGUCGGCAUGGAGGGCAACAUUGGCUGCUUGGUCAACGGCGCUGGUCUUGCCAUGGCGACCAUGGACAUCAUCAAGCUGUUCGGCGGCCAGCCUGCCAACUUCCUCGACGUUGGCGGCAGCGUCAAGGAGGCACAGGUCGCCCAGGCUUUCAAGAUUAUCACCUCGGAUCCCCAAGUCAAGGCUCUGCUGGUCAACAUUUUCGGCGGCAUUGUUAACUGCGCAACCAUUGCCAACGGCAUUGUUGCUGCUUGCAAGACCACCAACCUUUCCCUUCCCCUUGUCGUCCGUCUUGAGGGCACCAACGUCGACAACGCCAAGAAGAUCCUGAAGGAGUCUGGCCUUCCCAUCAUCACUGCCGAGAAUCUUAACGAUGCUGCCCAAAAGGCAGUCGCUGCGCUCAAGAAGUAGGGUGCUUCCUCUUGGCGUCACUUGAAACAAUUUGAGUUUUCUAAAAUACAGAUUAUUUUCCUUUUUUUUUUUUUUCAAUAGUCAUUUGAGGCCUGC